GUACACGCUGAUAGUGGCGAUCUUUUGUGUUGGUUCACCUGUGCGUAAACCAAACAAUAACGAUUCACUUCCAAAUUUUUGACCUUCUGAUCUAUUGCCCCGUCUCUUUUGAUGUCAUUUUGGAAGCUCACUAUUCAAGUCGACUGUUAUUACAUGCACAACGACCUGGUCAUUUUAUUCUAACGGGCCUUAUGACGUCCAGAAAAACUACAAGCCAUCGUCUACCGAAAUGGCGUUACGUGGUGCUCCUUGGCAAGUUUUCAAACCAUCUUUUACAACAAGGGAUAAUGAAGUCGAUGGGAGUACUUAUUCCUCCACUCGUUGUUCAGCUCAACAUCAGCUAUGCUACUGUCGGUUUCCUCCUCUCACUACAGAUCACCAUGAAUUACAUGGCAUGUCCAUUGGCUCAGCUUCUUCUAAGAAAGUUUGAUGCAAGAAAGACGGCUACACUCGGGGGACUUGGAACCGGUCUCUGUGUUAUCUGUGUUGCUUUCUUCAGGUCCGUACCAGCAGUGGGUACUUUCUUCUUUUUAGCAGGUGUGUGCAGUUCAACCUUAUGUCAGGCUUCAUUUGUCGUACUGCGCCAAUAUUUUGGUGACCACUUUGGAACGGCAAACUCCAUCAGCUACCUUGGUUCACUCGUCGGUGGCAUGACUAUCCCAUUUCUUACUAACUUGUUACAUGAAGCAUAUGGUCUUCAAGGAACUUUACUCUGCAUUGGAGGACUGUUCCUGAACAGUGUGCCAAUCGGUGCAAUCUUCAAAGUUCCUCGUGAUCAAUCGACUGCUAAUGCGCCAAAUUCAGAAACACUAAUAAAACGCCAAGAUGUUGAGGAAGAGGACGAAGACGAAGAUCGUGGGGAGAGCAAGGACAAUUCCGAUCAAACAAAACCAAAGUCCUGCUGCAUCAACUUUCUGCAAUACCUUGCGAUCGCAUUCGAUAUCAAAGCACUCAGAAAUGAGCCUUCCUUUACAAUCUUUUUCCUACCGUGUCAAAUCAUUUUGGACAUUGUCUUCAUAGGAUGGGCUUUGUUCAUGGUGUCAUACGCUAUUGAUGUUGGUUUUAGUUCUUCAUUGGCAGUUUACCUUCCCAUAGCUGCAGCUUCCGGUGGUUUUGUGAGUCGUACCACCCUUGCUAUCGCCAUGCAUUAUAGGCCACAUUGGAGUCCACAACUCUACGCAAUGGAUGUUGCCAUAUCUGGAGUGUCCUUGGUGCUGUAUCCAUUGCAUUCCCAUCUAAGCCAUCUCAUCGUGUGUUCAUUCUUUGCUGGUUACGGGCUUUAUGGCGCUGCCUCCACUUACUAUGCUGUCAUUGCAGUCACUGUCUCAGAAGCAAACUUUCCCGGGAUAAUUGCGAUAUCUUUUUUCAUUUCUGGAAUUGGAGCUAUGUUAUCCGGGCUACUGGCAGGUAUCAUCUAUGACGCAACGAAAUCAUUCCUGGUGGUAUUCCGCAUCUUUGGUAUCAUGAUGGGUGCCAUCUUCAUCCUCGUCAACGUCCACCUCUUCCUCCAUUGUUAUCGAAAGAAACACAAAACAAAGACUAGAGAAUGAUUAUUUAAGUGUAGGUUCAAUGAUCUGUCCAUACCAUUAUACACUGUCGCUCAUAGAAUUGGAAUAUUUUUUUUUACCCCAAUUUAUGGAAUUAUUUUGACAAUGAUUUAUU